AUGAAAUUCCUGCAUCUACAAAGGAAUCAUACCACACCUUUCCCGAUACUCAAGGAACUGAUAGAGACAGCGCACGACUUUUGGAUGCGUCAAGCACAAGCCGACGCAUUCGAUACUCAAUUAAAACUGCUGAAGGAAGCGACACCUCUCCCGACGAAGGAUGCACUCACGCGUCUUCACCCAGCCCUGGAUGACAAGGGCAUCUUGAGAGUAGAUGGUCGCAUCUCCAAGGCCUCCAUCUUGUACGAUGAGAAGCACCCCAUCAUACUGCCAGCUGGAAGAGUCGCCGAACUCAUCAUCGAUGACACUCAUCGAAAAACACUACAUGGGGGAACUCAGUUGACACUCAGUACCUUAAGGCAAAGGUACUGGAUCAUCAACGCGAGACGACUCGUCAAAGGCCACAUACACCAAUGCGUGAAGGGUAUAAGGUUCGAUGGAAAGCCAGUACAUCAACUCAUGGCAGCACUCCCAACCCCACGCGUGAACGAGUCACCACCAUUCACCCACACGGGAAUUGACUACACGGGACCCGUGAAUGUGCGCACCACUGAGGGCCGAAGGCAUAAAGCGUACAAGGGCUACAUCGCACUCUUCGUAUGCCUGUCCACCCGAGCAAUACACCUGGAAAUAGUUUCUGAUUGCUCCACCAAGAAAUUCCUGGCAGCCUUAGACCGGUUUGUAUCUCGUCGAGGACUCCCAUCAGACCUCUACUCUGACAACGGAACCAACUUCCAAGGUGCUGAUCGCGAGCUAUGCGAAAGUGUGACCCAACUACAGCAAAACCAGGAAUUGCAGAGCUGCCUAGCAACCAGGAAGAUCGAGUGGCACUUCAUUCCACCCAACUCACCACACUUUGACGGCUUAUGGGAAGCAGGAGUAAAGUCAGUAAAAAACUUACUGAAGAGACUCCUGGAUGACUGCACCCCCACCUUCGAGGAAUGGACUACACUCCUCUGCACAAUUGAGUGUAACCUGAAUUCCAGACCCAUCGGACUCCUUCAUGAUGACUCUGGAGACAUCGCCCUCCUGACGCCUGGGCACCUACUGACGGGAAGACCCCUGAACGCAGUCCCAACCACCUCGACCUUGGAGCUGAACCCUAACAGACUAUCGAGAUGGGAAUUCAUUCAGAACCUCAACGAGAACUUCUGGAGCCGAUGGCGCUCCGAAUACCUCAUGGCACUGCAGACCCGUCAGAAGUGGAAAAGAGAGCAGAAAAACCUGAAGAUCGACGAUAUCGUACUCAUUCAGGACCUGCCAACACCUCCCAGCCAAUGGCCAUUGGCACGAGUCAUCGAACUCUAUGCUGACCUGGAAGGAAGGGUCAGAUCAGGAAAACUGAGGUCACGCACAUCCACGUAUACGCGUCCCAUCGUGAAACUGAUCCCGCUUCCAGUGGGAGACGCCAUGGCGGGCGGUGAACCGCCCCUCAACUAA